AUGGGAGGGUUUUCUUCCUCCGAUAACUUAUCCUGCAUCUCUUCUAAAGACAUGCUAACUGGUGCUGUAAGGAUGGCCUAUUCAGUAGGAUGCAAAGGGAAGUUGGGACCCUACAACACCCAAGAGGAUGUGCCUCAGCGUCAGUCACCUGUGGAGUCCUCAGCCUGUAGUCAGGCAGCAGGAGUAAACUCCUUUACAUCCGAAUAUUCCAGCUUUCUAUGUUCUUCAUCCAAGCAGUCCAGCCCUGAUGAGGAUGGAAUCCUGGAGAUACAUGUAUCCCAGAACUUGAAGCAAAAGGAGAAUUCCUUUGACACUUCACAUACCCACAUCCCUUCCCAUUCGGUUAAUAAUAACGAGCCUUGUACAUCCUUAGUGCAAGGGACAGAUCUGAGGCUCAGGACAAUUUACUAUACACGUGUACAAUUAAAAAGGGGUGUGGCUGUCUUAUGCCAUACACAGGAAAGAUUGGAGCCUCCCUCAAAAAAGAUCAAAAUGGAAGAAAUGACCUAUAUUGAAAAGAUCCGUGAAAAUGUCCCCAUCACUCACGUGUCUGAGAACAAACCCCUAAUUGACCAUGAGCACAACUUAGAGAGCAGAGCCCAGGAGAAAAGGGAGGAGGCUGACAGUCCAGCACAGCCUCCAGUUCUGGACAGGUAUCCCAGUGCUAAGACGCCUGAGUGGCUGGUGGCCCUAGACAGUGGGUUCAGGUGCAUGGCCUGCUGCCGGGUCUUCCCCAGCUUAGAAGUCCUUCAGGAGCAUGUGGAGUGUGGGGUCAGGGAGGGCUUCAGCUGCCAUGCUUUCCAUAAUGCCAUGGCUCGUCUAAAGCACAAAGAUCUUAAAGAGGAUGAACAAGAGAACCAAGGAGGCAACCUGUAG